UCGGUUAACCAGGGUCAAAAGAGUAACAGCAGCACACAUUAACAAUAACAUUACAUCACACAGAGGACUUUACUUUAUCUCUAUCCUUUGCAACAUCGCGCCCUAAGAUAUUUUGUUCUCUCUCACGCCCGAACCCGAUGAUGGCAAAAGCAAAUGCAAAGAACACCUCCACCUCCACCUCCACCGCGCUCCACCCUCCUUACUUCGACAUGAUCGCGGAUGCAAUAGCGUCGUUAAAAGAACGCACGGGUUCGAGCCAGCCAGCCAUAGCGAAGUUCAUCGAGGAGAAGCACAGCAAAGUGCUUCCUUCCAACUUCAGGAAGCUUCUCUCCCUCCAGUUGAAGAAGUUGGUGAAAUCGGAGAAGCUCUUUAAGGUUAAAAACUCGUACAAGCUUUCUUCUUCACCCAAGGACAAACAAACCGAAACCGCGCCUGAGAAGACCAAGAGGCUGAGUCAAGUGAAGACGCCCGAAGCCCUCAAGAAGAAAGCCCCCAACAAGAAGAAAUCUGUGAAGCGUUUGAGUCAGGUCAAGACCCCUGAGGCCUUGAAGAAGAAAAAGCCCAAUUUGACCCCCAAUAACCGCAAGACUGCUACUCCCAACCCUUCCAGGCCCAACUUGAGAUCUAGGAAAUGAAACCACCUCUGCUGCUUCUUUAUCUACCCUAAUCCAAACAUCUAUAUACUAUAUACUACUUUUCUGCUGUGUUACAUUUUUCUUUUUCUUAAUUUACUUCCCUUGCCCUGCUGUAUUCUACUUGUGAUCAACUUAGACAGUGUGUUGCUAUUCCACACUUAUUUCUAGUUCUACUUUAUUUCCAUUUCCAAUGUUGCUGAAUUUUGCUGCAGU